UACUUGGUGGAGCACCGGCGCACGGGCUCGCCGCACUGGGUGCGCGCCACGCCGUCGCUCGUGCCGCUGCCGGAGCUGACGCUGUCGGGGCUGGAGCCCGGCUGGCGGUACCAGUUCCGCGUGAGCGCGCAGAACGCCGUGGGGCUGUCGGAGCCCGGCGACGUCUCCGAGCCGCUCACCGUCACGCUCCACCGCUCCACCAGCGCCGCUCCGCACUUCGCGGAGUUCCGUGUGGUGUUCCGGGGCACGCCAGCGCCGAAGGUCGCCUGGUACAAAGACGGCUUCGAGAUCUUCAGCAGCCGGCGCAUGCGGGUGCUCACCGAAGGCGACCAGAGCUCGCUCAUCAUCUACCAGAGCGGCUUCAGCGACGAGGGCGACAUUAAGUGCACGGCCACCAACCGCGUCGGCCACGUCGUCACCAAGGCCAAACUGCGCCUGGAA